CAGAUUCAACGGACUGAAAAAGAGCGGGAUCAAAGAGAGAAGUGGAAAAUUAAGUGGGGGCAGGGGAAAGGAGGGGCUGUGGAGAACAGUGAAGUAGAAAGGGAUGGAGAGCGUUUCAUCGGGUCAGUCAGCCAGCGUGGAUGAGCUGGUGGAAGCCUGCAUCAAAGCCUUUGACAAUGAAGGCGUUCUGAAGGAGCCGUCGCUUGUGCGAAUGUUUCUCACCAUGCAUCCAUGGUACCUGUCAUCCAGUGACCUAGCUAAGAAACUCCUGCACAAGUCUCAGGAACAGGAUUGUUCUGCAAAUCGCCAGUCUCAAAUUUGUCACCUUGUCAAGUACUGGAUAUCUGAGUUCCCAGCUGAGUUUGACCUGAACCCCGCACUGGCUGAGCAGAUCCGCGGUCUAAAAGGGCGACUGGAGCAGAAUGGAGAUGUGAGGCGUAGUCUGCUCAUCGACAUAGACAGCAUUCCAUCAUAUGAAUGGCGACGUCAGCUGGAUGAAACCGUCCAGAAGAAACGCAAGACCUCUCUUCUUUUUGACCACCUGGACGCUUCCACCCUGGCUGAACACCUAACGUAUAUGGAGUACAAAUCGUUUUGCAAAAUUCUGUUCCAGGACUACCACAGUUUCGUGAUGCAUGGCUGCACGGUGGAUAAUCCCAUUCUGGAGCGUUUCAUUACUCUGUUUAACAGUGUUUCCCAGUGGAUCCAGAUCAUGGUUCUCAGUAAGCCUACAGCUCAGCAGAGAGCCACUGUCAUCAGUGAAUUCAUCAAAGUGGCCCAGAGGCUACUGCAGCUGCAGAACUUCAACACACUGAUGGCUGUAGUGGGUGGGCUCAGCAAUAGCUCCAUUGCUAGACUCAAGGAUACGCAGGCGCUCAUUGGCAGCGAGACGCGCAAGGUGUUUGAUGGAUUGGUGGAGCUGGUCACCUCCUCUGGGAACUACAGUCGCUAUCGUCAGAGUUUCUCAGAAUGUUCGGGAUUCCGCUUCCCAAUCCUUGGGGUGCAUUUGAAGGAUCUGAUUGCCGUCCAUGUGGCCCUGCCUGAUUGGUUUGACCCAGAGAAGACUAGGGUCAACCUAACCAAGACCCAUCAAUUGUACGCCAUCCUGGAAGAGCUGGCGCUCAUUCAAAGCACUCCACCCAGUAUAGAAGCCAAUUCAGACCUGCUGAAUCUGCUUUUAGUGUCUUUGGACCAGUACCACUCAGAGGACGAGAUAUAUCAGCUAUCUCUACAGAGGGAGCCUCGCAGUACUAAACUACCAACUUCCAGCUCAAAGUCACAGUCUCCUCUAAUAGAACAGUGGGCAUCUUCAGUCAAACCUAAAGCGGAUCCAGCCAUCAUCAACAAACACAUUGAAAAAAUGGUGGAGUCAGUGUUCCAAAAUUUUGACACCGAUGGUGAUGGCUACAUUUCCCAAGGAGAGUUUGAGAUCAUCAGGAGGAAUUUCCCUUACCUUGGGAUUGUAAAAUUAGCCGAGAGGAGAUGAUUGAGUAUUUCACAAAGGCGAGCUCCUUACAGAACUGUAAGAUGGGUUUUGUUCACACGUUUACUGAGGCAAGCAGCGUCAAGCC